UGAUUCACCCCUUUCAAAAAAUAACGGUCGCCGCGAUACGGCGUCGUUUACCCAACGUCACGGGGGCCAACCUCGUUCUUAACCUCCAAUUUCUCGGUACUUCAGCAAUUUUCUGGUCGAUCGAGAUAUGAUCGCGGUCUUUGGCCGAUCUCCGCUAGGGUUUUGGUCGCUGCGACUGGAGUCACCGCCGGUUUUGCCGAAGCUAGGGUUUUGGGAUUCAGGAGUGAUAAAAGGAUUGGUUUGGGCGUUGGUGUUGUAACUCCUGCGAGAUCCAAGGGCUUUUGGUCUGUUAUGGCCAUGGAGAGGUUGCAAAUGGCGUGUGUGAAUGAGAAGGUUGAUAAUGUUGGAGAUUUAGGGAAGGAUGGAUCUGAUUUGGUUGAGAAGUCCACCAAUGGUCAUGUCACAGUUUCAGGGAGGACUGUCAGCCAAUUGGCUACCAUUGGAAAUUCAACAAACAUUAUGUGGCAUGGAUGUCCAGUAGAUAAGGUUGAAAGACAGAAGUUACUUAAACAGAAAGGAUGUGUCAUAUGGAUCACAGGUCUCAGUGGUUCAGGGAAGAGCUCUGUGGCAUGUGCUUUGAGUCAAAGCUUAUACAGCAGAGGAAAGUUGUCUUACAUUCUUGAUGGGGACAAUGUCAGGCAUGGCCUAAACCGUGACCUUAGUUUUAAAGCAGAGGAUCGUGCUGAAAAUAUACGAAGGGUUGGAGAGGUAGCCAAGCUGUUUGCAGAUGCUGGACUUAUUUGCAUUGCCAGCCUGAUUUCUCCCUACAGAAGGGAUAGGGAUGCCUGUCGUGCACUUGUACUGGAAGGAAGUUUUAUUGAGGUGUUCAUGGAUGUGCCACUCCAAGUCUGUGAAGCGAGGGACCCAAAGGGUCUGUAUAAGCUUGCACGUGCAGGGAAAAUUAAAGGUUUUACAGGGAUUCAUGAUCCAUAUGAGCCACCAUUAAAUUGUGAGAUAGUGCUAAAACAUAGUGAAGAGGUCUGUACCUCCCCUAGAGACAUGGCUGAGAAAGUGAUACAUUACUUGGAGGAGAAUGGGUACCUUCAGGCAUAGACCAUCUUCCUGGCUUAUCAAGCUGUUUGAUCAGACAAUAGUGCUGGCAAGAAGAAGGCACUAACAACUGCAAUAAAGAGAAGAGUGCUGGCUUCCUGAGACCGUGCUUUAAUCCUUGCAUUAGUUAAUUGAUCAAUUAAUUAAUGCAUCCUCACUCUUCUAUUCCCCUUUGUAAGUAAUGUGUGUAUGAUGUUCUUCCCUUCUUUUGCUUUUAGGUUUUUUUUUUUGGGUUUGUUUUAGAAUUGCUGAAAAUAUUUGUAUUAUUAUUAUUAUUGAGGGAAUAAAGCUUUCCAUUUGUGCUGUUUCU